UUAUUGGGGUUUUUUUUUUUUUGUUGGUUUUUUUUAGGUGGCUGCUUCAGGUGUGAUAUACAGCUGUUGGUUUAUUUGUGUGUUUGUGAGCUCAUAGCGAGCAGAAGUGAUCCUCCUCCUCCGCCGUCUCUCAACUCCAGCAGCUUCGCUCGCUCUCAGCUGGUGCUGCGACCACACCACCAAGCUCAGGCUCUCUCAUGGUUCGCUCACUUUCCCCCUGAACUUUACCAGCAGUGCGUAUGUCGCGUCGAGGAUCACAGGUCUGCGAGAGCUUUUAGAGAACUUGUUUCGGCGAGAUGGACUAACAACUCUCCCCUUUUGAGAGCGCGGAUACCUCCAAGAGAAGACGCGUGUUCUGUUUUGAUUUUCUUCGUGAGAGUGGGACCUGCUUUCACCAUCAUGGAAGAGGACGAAGGGCAUCCGGGGAACGGGAUCCACGUCGCUAAGGACUCGGACCGACAGCAGCGGCUCAGGCUCUGCGUUUUGAACGAAAUCCUGAACACAGAGAGGGACUAUGUCCGCACGCUGCUCUUCCUUCAGUCGGCCUUUUUGCACAGAAUCAGACAAAUUCCAGAUGACCAACAGUGUCUUUCACCUGAACAUGUCAAGAUCCUGUUUUCAAACAUUGAGGACAUCCUGGAGUUGCACAAAGAGGUGUUGUCUGCUGUGGAGAGCAGCUUGCAGCCCGAACCCCAUCCUAACCACUCGCUGGGCCACGUGUUCCUCCAGUUUAAGCAGAGUUUCUCAGUAUACGGCGAGUACUGCAGUAACCACGAGAAGGCUUUGCGGCUUCUAAUGGAGCUAAACAAGAUUCCCAACAUAAGGACCUUUCUUCUGCACUGCAUGCUGCUUGGAGGAAAGAAAAGCACAGACGUUCCCCUGGAGGGUUACCUUCUCAGUCCAAUUCAGAGGAUCUGCAAGUACCCUCUGCUGCUGAAGGAACUACUUAAAAGGACUCCUAAGAAACAUGCUGAUUACCCUGCCGUGGAGGAGUCUCUGCAGGGCAUGAAGGCUGUCUGCUCCAACAUCAAUGAGACCAAGAGACAGAUGGAGAAACUGGAGGCUCUCGAACAGCUGCAGUCUCACAUUGAAGGCUGGGAGGGAACCAACCUGACAGAUAUCUGCACGGAAUUGCUCCUUCAUGGAAAUCUUCUCAAAAUCUCUGCAGGCAACAUCCAGGAACGCGUCUUCUUUCUGUUUGACAACCUUUUGGUUUACUGCAAAAGGAAGUCCAGGGUAUCUGGAAAGAAGUCCACAAAGAGGACCAAGUCUAUCAACGGGCCUCUCUAUGUUUUCAGAGGUCGGAUCAACACAGAGGUGAUGGAGGUGGAAAAUGUGGAAGAUGGAACAGCUGACUACCACAGCAACAACUACACAGUAACUAAUGGCUGGAAGAUUCACAACACAGCUAAGAACAAGUGGUUUGUCUGCAUGGCCAAACAUGCAGAGGACAAGCAGAAGUGGCUGGAUGCCAUCUUGAGGGAACGGGAGCAGAGAGAGAGUCUUAAGUUGGGAAUGGAGCGGGAUGCCUAUGUGAUGAUAGCAGAGAAGGGUGAGAAGCUCUACCACAUGAUGAUGACCAAGAACAGGCACCUGAUUAAGGAUCGGCGCAAGAAGCUUACCAUUGUACCCAAGUGCUUCAUGGGAAAUGAGUUUGUGUCGUGGCUGAUAGAAAGCGGGGAGAUCAGUAACUCUGAUGAGGGAGUAAACCUGGGACAAGCCUUGCUGGAAAAUGGCAUCAUUCACCAUGUGUCAGACAAACACCAGUUCAAGAACGAGCAGGUGUUGUACCGCUUCCGCUAUGAUGAUGGGACUUACAAGGCCCGCAGUGAGAUGGAAGACAUCAUGUCAAAGGGCGUCAGGCUUUACUGCCGCCUUCACAGCCUCCACACACUCGUCGUCAAAGACAGAGACCACCAUCUGAAAACCUUCAAAUCAGUUUUGCCUGCUAGCAAACUGGUGGACUGGUUAAUCUCACAGGGAGACUGCUCGAACAGAGAGGAUGCUGUGACCCUGGGCGUGGGGCUUUGCAACAGCGGCUAUAUGCACCACGUUUUAGAGAAGAGCGAGUUUAAAGAUGACUCGCAGUUCUUCCGUUUCUAUGCUGACGAAGAAACUGAGGGAACCGGCACCAAAAGCAAGCAGCUCCAGCGAAAUGACUUCAAACUCAUAGAAAACAUCCUUGCCAAGUCCCUUGUGAUUCACCCUGAGGAAGAAGACUACGGCUUUGAGAUCGAGGACAAAAACAAAGCAAUUGUGGUGAAAUCUGUCACCAGGGGCUCACAUGCAGAGAUGGCUGGCCUGCAGGUGGGCAGGAAGAUCUACACCAUCAACGAGGACCUGCUGUUCCUCAGGCCCUUUUCAGAGGUGGAAGCCAUGAUCAACCAGGCCUUCUGCAUACGACGCUCACUGCGGCUGCUGGUCGCCACCAAAGCCAAGGAGAUCGUAAAGAUCCCGGACAACCCAGAAAGCCUCUCCUUCAGGCUCUCUGGAUCUGAACCUCCACAUGUCCACGCUGUGAGGAAAGGCUGGGAGGCAGCCGCAGCAGGUCUUCAACCCGGCCAGGUUAUCCUGAAAGUCAACGGCAACAAUGUGAACCGCAGUGAUUACCAGGAGGUCCUGGAGCACUUCAGUGCCCAGUCCACCCACCAGAAGCCCCCUCAAGCAUGUCACUGGGUUUAUCGUGCUUUUGAGGAUGUGGAGGAGCUACAAAGACCAAGCAGUGCAGGCGAGAAGGAGGAGAGUCCCUUCAGGCCUUACCCGGUGGAGAACGGCUCCAACCACGAGGAGGGUAACACAACUAAUGGAACAGACCACAGGCUCUGCAGACUUUCCCUCUCCAACGAUCUGCCUAUGGUCAGCCUGACUGUUGACAAUGUCCACUUGGAGCACGGAGUGGUUUAUGAAUACGUGACCACUGCUGGUGUCAAGAGCCAUGUCCUGGAGAAGAUGGUGGAGCCCAAAGGCUGCUUCGGCCUGACUGCUAAGAUCCUGGAGGCAUUUUCUGGUGAUGACAGCCUCUUUGUACAUAACUGCAGCCAGCUCAUCUCACAGAGCGAUCGAGUUGUUACCAUGCCACAGUACGAGUUCAGACAGAUCUGUGACACAAAGCUGGAGAGCAUCAGACGUCGUAUCAGCAGCUAUGAGCAGUUUUCUAAGGAGCUAAGGAACAAGGUGUGGCCCUCCUUCAGACAGGCCGGCGUUCGCCCUCACCUAUUGGGCUGCAUGGACUUUGUUCCCACAAACUGCCAUGUAAAUCUGAUGCAAGUCUCCUACCCCAAAACCACCACCUCUGCCGGCAGGACUUUCAGUAUUCGCUUUGGUCGCAAAAACUCCCUUUAUGGCAUGGACCCAGACCAAGCACAACUGAACCCCAUGUCACACACCCAACACUGCAUGACUAGCAUGGGCGCUCCUUCCUGGAGCUGCUCUGGCCUGGAAGGGGAUGAGGCAGACGGCAGCAGGGAGGAGACACUGGACGGAGGCGAGUGUUUGGAUGGUCGGCAGGGGGUCCAUGGAGAAGGUGGGCUGAGUUUCCUGCUCAAACAAGAAGACACAGAGACGCAAGAUGCCUACAUUUACUUGUACAGCCGCUUGGAUGUUGCAGUGAGAGAAAUGAGGCAGUAUGUAGCUCAAAUAGAUGUCCUCCUGUCAUCAAUCACCGAACCUACACAACUGGAAGGGGAGAGUGGAGAGCCUCCUGCUGAUGAGCCUGGUCAGCCACCUUCUCUGGCCCCCUGCGAAGACAGCUGUGAUCAGGACAAAACGGAGCAAGGCGGCAUUAAAAAAGUUUGCUUUAAAGUGAACGAAGAAGACCAGGAGGACUCUGGCCAUGACACGAUGAGCUACAGGGACUCCUACAGUGAAUGCAACAGCAACAGAGAUUCGGUUCUGUCCUACACCAGCGUGCGAAGCAACAGUUCUUAUCUGGGGAGUGAUGAGAUGGGAUCAGGGGACGAGCUGCCCUGUGAUAUGAGGAUUCCCUCAGACAAACAGGACAAGUUGCAUGGCUGCCUAGAGCACCUAUUCAACCAGGUUGAAUCUAUCAACUGGCUCCUCAAAGGAUCUGUUAUGAGUAAGGCCUGUGAGGAGACCAAGCACUUUUACUCUGACCACAGCCAGCCAGAGUUUCGUCAAACAGAGGACUGGACUGCCCGCAGUCGUUUUGUCAUCCACAAGAACAUCCAGGAGGACCCCUGGAACUUGCCCCACUCAAUCACAAACCUGGUGGAGAGCUUGCAGAGAUUUGUGGAUGAUGGGAAGAACCAGCUUCUCCUGGCUCUGCUCAAAUGCACAGACACAUCCCUGCAGCUCCGACGAGAUGUGAUCUUCUGCCAGGCAGCGACUGGCGCCCUCUGCACGCUAGCCGAGCAGCUGCUGACAGCGUUGCGGUCGCGGUUUAACAAUGCCGGAGAGUACCAGGAAGACAGCAAGGAGACCAGCCGCAAGUGGCUGGAGCAAAUAUCGGUCAUUGGUGUUUUGCUGCACUUCCAGUCUACUCUUGCUCCGCACCUAAAGGCGGAGCGCACCAUGCUGGAGGACACCAAGGCAGCUCUGUUGGACUUGGACAAAGUCACUGUGUUCUUCAGGCCACUGGAAGAUGAAUGUCUGGUCGCAAACACACCUGUAUGCUACCAGGUGGAGGGCAGCAGACAAGCCCUGAGGGUCACCAUGUACCUGGACAGCUGUCACUUUAGUGAGCUGCCCAUUCGGCUACAAAGCGGAGGCAGCCUCAAGCUUCAGACGGUCCUGUUUUCCAGAGCGCUGGAGCGUCCUGAAGGAGUGUCCCCGCAGGAAUAUGUCGACAUGGAGGAGUUCCAGCAGCGCAUCAAUGCUGUAUCGCUAGAGAAGGUCAAGGCCUAUUACCGCAGACUCAGGGCUUUCUAUUUGGAGAAGUCUAACUUACCUACUGACUCCAAUUCCACAGCAAUGAAGAUAGACCAGAUACUGGGCCUUGAAGUUAGAGACCUUCAGCCAAGCAUUUCCAAACUGCUGAGACCGCUCAACACACUGGAUGACCUCUGUCGACUAAUGCAGUCGUAUGUCAACGUGCGUCCGAGUGCCCAGGGCCACCCAUCAGGCGUCAGCGUGCUGUGUGUGUCCUCUGAACUGUGUAACCGUCUGGGAGCCUGCCACAUCACUAUGUGUGGCACAGGCAUGCAGAGAUGUACCCUGAAUGUGACCCUGGAGCAAGCAAUGAUCCUGGCCAGGAACCAUGGCCUCCUGCCACGCUGCAUCAUGCAGACCAUGGACAUAAUGAGGAAACAGGGGGCAAGGGUGGAACUCUCUGCUAAAAAUCUCAGGGUAAUGGACCAGAUGCCACCAUUAGCUCCAAGGCUCUUCAAAUUGUGCUUGCCACCCUCAGAUGGAGAACUCUAAGAACGCUUCAGAGAAUCUCAUCACAGGGAGGGUGAAUGCAGCAGUGGAGGAUAUCAAAAAGAUGAUUCUAUUCUGAUCUCUUCCUCUCAAUUUGACACGGCCAGUUAAAACAUGGACCAUCCCAGUGUGUAUAACACCAGUGUCCUCAGUGCAAGCUAAGAAAGACUGUUCAGACAAACAAUACAAGGGAAUAUGGACUAACUAAAGUAUGACUUCUAUGGCCAGAGACCCAGGACUGGUCAUAUAUACUUUGAGAUGCUCCCAGAAAGUAUUAUUGUGUUGGCUGUCGUCUGACAUAAAGCUCACCCUAAUUACUUAACAAACGGUGAGAAAGCAAUGUUCUCAGUGAUUAUGCUCAUAAAUGAGCUUUUGUUGUUAACUGGAUUAACCACACUACCUGUAGUUGACCAACGUCUUAAAUAACGAUCUUAUCCACUUUGCCUUGGACUGCAAACUCCAGAGAGCUGCCUCACUCUGUCUGCAUGCUCCGGUGUUCCCCAGGGCUCAGAGUUUGGACCACAAGUGAAGAAAAACAUUUUAGUGUGCUGGUAGAUACAGAGACUCCAAAAGACAGACAGAAAGAUGGAAGUAGGGACUUGGGGGCCUGAUAGAAAGAUUGAAGGGGGGUGGAGGUCUGUUUUUGUUUCUGCACAUUGCAUGUGGUGACUGUGCAAUUACUGUAGGUUUAGUGUAAGUACUGUAUUACUGCGCAAAAUGAAGGAUAGCUAUUUAUUGUGUCCAAAAGGAGCAUUUUUAUCACUUACUUACUCUAUAUCAGGUAUUAAAGGGUCUAAAAGCAUUCCAGCCAACAUAUUGAUCAGUAUUUAAAGGACCAACGGCAUGCCAUUGUUUUACAUGUACCUGCUUGUGUGUUUUAUUUUAUUUAAUUGUGUGGAAUUCGAUUAUGUCUGUAAAUGUUUGAUUGAUAAUCAGGGCAUGUAAGGGAGGGAGUGACUAAAGCUAGCUAAUGCAAAUCAGGACAAAGGUAAAACAUAGAAACCAAGUCAAAAAGCUAAGUUACUGAAUCACUGAAAUAUUAAUAUAUUAAUCCAGAUGUUGAAAGGUUGCCUAGUAUUAUCUGCCUUUUAAAUUGGCUUUUAUGUUUUCCUGUUUACUGCAGGUGUUGUGAAAGAAACCCAGUGAUUGGUCCAUUCAGUGUUAGCACAAAGUACUGUAAUCAGUUUUUGGGUGACAGAAACAAAGGGAUUGUUUUGAGGAUUCAAUCACAGUAACAUUAGUUUACUGGAAGUUUUAUUUUCUUUGUAAAUAGAGACAUGUAACAUUGUGACCAUACAGGUGUUACAGCAGCAGAUUAAUGCUAUAAAUUAUAUUGGAUUAUUUUUAUGGAAAUAAUAUAGUAUAUGAAAACAUAUUUUGUACUGGUGACGGUGCAUUUGAAGAGACACUGCCGGUCUGUUUCCAGCGCAGCGCAGCCUCAUCUGCAGAGCUUGUUUUUGACUGUUAAUGCACAUGCACAUCCAGAACCUCUUAUGACAUGCUGCAUUCGUUACACAGAUUUCUGUUUACUUGAAAGCAGCCUGAUUUCAUAUUGGCAUGUUCUUCUAGUCUCGCCCUUCACCUGUAGCUUGAUUCAGUCAUUGGUUUACACAUAAGACUUAGAGGUAUUCGCAUCGGUCUUUGUAUCAAGCUGUAUAAUCCCAGCUCUGUACCUGAGCAAGGUAAAUGUAAAUUUCUGUUCCAUCAGUCGUCAAAAACUGGCCGUUUGUACCCGUUACCAGUUCAGAUUAGCUAAUGAGUGCAGCAUGUUGUUUUAACUGGACAAACACAUUGUCUAUUUCUAAUGUUUUCUUUUGUAUAUAUACUUUAUCUGCAUUUUUAUGUUGCCUGAAAAUAACUGUACAAAGAUAUUCUUUUUGUUGAAUCUUUCUAAAAUUAUUGUAAGUGAAAUCUUAACAAGUUAGUAAAUAAAAUGUUCUCGUCAUGACUGUG